AUGUGGCUGCUCAAACCGAGCCAGAUUCUAUUCCUUAGUACCUUACUCGCUUGGUUACCUUGUUCCAAUGCUCACGCCGAAUCUACCGAAAGCUGGAUCACUGAUAUCUGGAAUCAAUUCAAGGAGGCAGUUGACUGUACCAGCUGCCAGAUUAUCUUGGGUGGGUUAAAACUAGCAGCAAACCUCGGCGAUACCUUCAUGAUCGAUGUGCUGACUGGAGUCUGCGCUCUCAGUGGUGCCGAGGACCCCGAUGUCUGCGCUGGAGUCAUUACCGCCGAAGGCCCAUCAGUACAGUACUCCCUUUCGAAUCUCGAGCUAGGAUCCCACACUUCCAAAACACUCUGUGCCAGCCUAUUAGGCCUGUGUCAAUACCCAGAAGUCCGAGCAUACGAAUUGGCAUUCCCUCUCCCCAAACCAUCAACCAGUCGACCCCCACCAAGCGGCGAGCCCCCGAUCCAAGUCGUCCAUUUCAGCGACACACACGUUGACCUUUCCUACGAGCCCGGCUCUAACUAUGCCUGUUCCAAGCCUAUAUGCUGCAGGACCUACACAGACGGUGACGCACCAGGGCAUACUUCCACCCCCUGCGGACCCUGGGGCAACGCUCACUGCGACCCUCCACACCGACUGCAAGAAAGCAUGAACGCCGCGAUCAAGGCUCUGGGCCCCGCCUUCUCGCUCUACACAGGCGACGUAGUCGCCCACGACGUCUGGCUAAACGACCGAUCCGAAGUCCUCCAAAACUUCAACGCCACCUACGGCGCAAUGGCAGACGGCCUAGGCCGCGUCUACGCCGCAGUAGGAAACCACGACACCGCCCCCCUCAAUCUCUUCCCCUCGUCCCAGCUCCCCUCAACAUACAACCCGCAAUGGGCCUACGAUGCCCUAACAGCGAACUGGAUGGCGCUGUCAGGCUCGCCGUCCAUCGAGUUCGCGGACCAGUACGGAGCAUAUUCGGUCCUGCACCCAAACAGCAACCUGCGAAUAAUCUCUUACAACAGCAUGUUCUACUACAAAUACAAUUUCUUCGCCUACACCGAACCAAUGGAACAAGACCCCAGCGGCCAGCUGGAAUGGCUGGUCAACGAGCUCCAGGCCGCCGAAACGGCUUCCGAGCGCGUCUGGCUCAUCUCGCAUAUCCCGUCCGGUAACCCUGAUCAUUUCCAUGACCAUUCGCACUAUUUCGAUCAGAUAGUACGCCGCUACGAGGCCACCAUCGCCGCUAUCUUCUUCGGUCAUACCCACAGAGACGAGUUCCAGAUCUCGUACUCGGACUAUGAACUCCGGAGCUGGGAUACCGCGACGGCAAUGGGAUACAUCGCCCCGUCCAUGACGCCGACGUCCGGCCCGCCUUCUUUCCGCGUCUACGAUAUCGACCCCGUCACAUUUGGUGUGCUGGAUUUUACGCAGUACAUCGCCGAUAUUGGUAUCGAUGGCGAUGAUCCGCUAGAAUCUCAGACGUCCGUGCAAUGGACACCAUAUUACUCUGCCAAGGCGGCUUACGGAUCUAAGCUUGUGCCGCCGGUCACCGAUUCCAGCACCGAGCUAUCGCCGGCUUUUUGGCACAAUGUUACCGUGGCGAUGGAGCAAGAUGCGGCGCUUUUCGGGGAUUUCUGGGCAAGGCGGACGCGCGGGUAUAUGGUUCCGAGCUGUGAUGGGGAUUGCGUUCGUGGUGAGAUUUGUGCGUUGAGGGGAGCAGAUGCGCAGUAUAACUGCUUUGUGGAGAAGGUCGGGUUUAGUUUUGAGAAGAGGGGUGGAGUUGAUAGGUCGGAUUUGCGUGAGAGGAUGCUGCCGGAGUGUAAUCAUGCUGGGAUGGCGCCUUUGCUGGGCAAGAUUGCUCGGCGUGCUGGUAUUGCGAGGGAGAUGGAGAAGCGUUGA